CUUGUUUGCGACAUUUUUAUCACAGCUCAGAAUGGGUCAUUUAUUGGUCUGUUACCUGCAUGUUUUAUUCGAUGAAAUGUUUGCCAGCAGAUCUCUCGGCUGCUGCCUUGAUGGGGUAUAAAGGCUAUGAUUAGCAAAUAAAUCAAGAUAUUUGUGUGCAAAUUAACAAAGGACACUGGAUAGAUACAAGCGACUAUCUCAACGUCGGAGCAAGCAAUUUAAGCGCAAUUCGCAACUCCACGCCCUACUGCUAAUCGGUACCACAAUGUCCCCUCCAGCCUCCGCUGCGGCAGCGAGUGAGAGCAGUACAACCACCGUUUUCGAGGAAGACACCAGAGAAGAGCAGAGGCCCUUGAAGCAAUCCCUGAGCAAGUCCCUGUGUAGAGAGAGCUUCUGGAAAUGCCUGCUGCUCUCCAUGCUCAUGUACGGCUGCAUGGGAGCCAUGGUGUGGUGUCAUGUAACCAAGGUGACUCGCCUCACCUUUGACAGUGCCUUCAAAGGGAAGUCCAUGAUGUACCAUGACAGCCCCUGUUCUGACGGAUACAUCUACAUCCCUCUGGCUUUCCUGCUUAUGCUCUACCUGGUCUACUUGGUGGAGUGCUGGCACUGCAAUGCCAAGAGUGAGCUGCAGCAUAAAAUGGAUGUAGAGGGCAUUUAUGAACGUAUCCAAACGAUGCAGCAAGCAAAACCCUGUAUCUGGUGGAAGGCCAUUAGCUACCAUUAUGUUAGACGGACUCGGCAGGUCACACGCUAUCGUAAUGGGGACGCCUACACCAGCACACAGGUCUACCACGAACGGGUCAACACCCAUGUGGCUGAGGCUGAUUAUGACUAUGGUCACUGCGGGAUGAAGGACAUCUCAAAACAACUGCUUGGUCUGGAGAAGGCCCCACUCACCAAACUGAGGUUCACCAAGUGCUUUAGUUUUGCUAAUGUGGAGUCUGAGAACUCCUACCUCACCCAAAGAGCAAGGUUCUUCACUGACAAUGAGGGGCUUGAUGACUAUAUGGAGGCACGGGAGGGGAUGCACCUGAAGGACAUUAACUUAAAGGAGUGUGUGAUUGUGUUUUCUGAACCUGACCACCACCCAUGGUAUGUGUCUCAUCAUGUGUUCUGGGCAGCAUCCUUCCUCACCUUAUCGUGGCCCCUGAGGGUUUUCACAGAGUACCGCACUGCCUACGUCCAUUACCGUGUGGAGAAACUCUUCGGGGCGGAAUACGUCCCUGUGACGCCUCUCGAUGAACGCCCUUACAGCCACCGGAUCCCUCGGGUCAACACCAUCGACAGCACAGAGCUGGAGUGGCACAUCCGUUCUAACCAGCAGUUAGUGCCUAGCUACUCUGAGGCCGGACUCAUGGAACUGGCCCAGUGCUCCUCUGGUGGCUUUGGCGGUUUAAGACAGAACUGCGAGCGCUGUCACCGGGCAAUGAGCAGCUCCUCUGUUUUCUCCAGGAGUGCCCUCAGCAUAUGUACCGGCAGUAGCCCGCGGGUCGGCCGGGUGCCCUACAGUGGCAGCCGCUUCUCCUUGGGCCGGCGCUACGGAUCGCGACGCAGCUGUUUCUGGAGGAGUAGAAGCAGUUUGGAUGAGCAAUUGAGUCCCAGUGAGAACACCCGCUGCCUUUCCGGGCGCCUAACCACUGACGACGAGGACCCCCCAGAUUACCAAGAUGCCCUCUGCUUCCCCGUGCUAAUUUUUCACUGUAGUGAGAACUGCCACAAUCACAGGUCCUUUCAUAGGAAUGGCUCCUGUGUGGAGACCUCUCUUUGACAAUGCAAUGUAUUCACAGAUAGCAUGACUUUGUGUGUGAACAAAGAUGUCCCGUGUGACACUAACAACUACAGAAAACCUCAUGGCAUAAGAUUGUUAAUGGGAUUGGAUAGAUGUAAAUCUUAGGUGCAUAUUCCCUCAAUACCUUUUAACUAGUGAUCACUAGGGGUUACAUUUAGGCAGUGACAACACUAAAAUAUGGAGAUGUUACCAAAAAAGAAAUGUACACAUUCAAUGCAGUCAAGUCAUUUUUAAAAAAAACUUUAGGCAUAAGCCAAGGCCGGUGGGGAUGGAUGCUGGAGUCUAUGUUCUAUAUACGUUAAUAAGUGUAUUGAGUAUAAUUGUAUUUGCAUUCAUUUCAUAAAUACUUUCAUAAAGUCUUCCUCUUAAUUAUGAAAUAACAAUACACAUUUAUUCAACACCUCAGUUGAGAGAAGUUUUUCAAAUUAAAGUAAUCUGGAAAAAAAAUCAACAGCAAUAACUAUGACUUCACCAUUCUCUCAUAAUUGGAACCAACAUGUUGAGAUAACUGCCAAAUGAAAACAAACAUCAAUGGCACAGUUUCUAUGACUUCCUUUUGUUUGUAUCAGUUCUAUUUGAACACUAUAUGAUAGUCACAUAGGCUAUUGAAAUGUAACAUUGCUUACUUAAUCUACUAGUGGUGCCCCAACACCUUUUUAACAAGACAGAACUGCGAGCGCUGUCACCGGGCAAUGAGCAGCUCCUCUGCAAGUUAUACAACUACACUUUUCAGAGGGGUUUUGGUUUUCCCAUUGGUUUAAUAAUAUGAAGCACAUGAGACAUAUUUUCAUAUAAGAACAUGGCUCAAAUUCUUUCCAACAACUCACAAAUAUCUGUUAAUAAUCACUUAAGGUCACACUAGACAUGAUGAAUUGUAGCUGUAAAUGUUGAAUUGUAUAUGAAUGUUAAUGUAUAUUUCUUCUCAAACUUUGUAGCAAGUAUGUGUUUAAAUUGACAAAUAUGUAUAUUAACAUGUCUGGACAAUACAUAAAAUAUGACAGUGAUGGGAAAAGUAAUUCCAUAGUCUUGUGCAAUGCAAAUAAGAUAUUGCAACAAAAUAAUCACAAAUAAUAAAUACACUGUCACCAGUUUGUGAGGCACAUUGUAUCCUUUGAAUGAUUGAAAAAAUAAACCUCCCACUGGGCACAGACAUCAAUUCAAUGUCUAUUCCACGUUGGUUACACGUCAUUUCAUUGAGAUGACUUGGAAACAACGUUGACUCAACCAGUGUGUGCCCAGUGGGGUACUGAUCACAAACCAACAUUUAGGUUAAAAUAUAUAUAUAUAUAUUUUUUUUAAAAGAGCAUGAACAAAUACUGAUUAAAGUUUUUGAUUGAAAUAUUGGAAAAUAUUAAUUUAAAUGUUAUGGAAAAAACAAGAAUGUCGCCCAUACGCCUCUGAUUUAUUUGUGUAGUUUUCAUGAGGUGUAAAUACACCUGUACUAGGCUACACUCUCUUUCCAAUAAAAAGCAACAUACUGAUACUCUUGCUUGUGCAGAUUGUAUUUUCCUCUACGAUG